AUGGCAUCGCUCACUGCUACAAAGAAGCUGCCUCGGCGAGAGGAGCAGGAAAGAUGGUGCUAUGACCGACUGGAUUCCGCACCUGAUCUGGCCCUGUCGAAUCAAGUGGAAGCAGCUUUGCCGUGUCUUCCGCGGGCUCCCAAAGGCCGUCAGAGUUUCCACCCGCAUUUCCUGGAGCAAAAGCAGCGUUCUGGUUCGCAUGCACGCAGCCACGCCCUGUCCCAAUUAGGGCUCAGGGCUAGGGUUAAUCUCCGCUCUCGGCGGGCCUAUCCGCUUGUGGACUAG